CGGCCUCGCCUUUGCCGACGUGUUUCUUCCCUAAAGUCGUCACGCGGUCCGUGACGACACUUCCGCUGCAAGAUGGCGCCUCCCGUUCCACUUUUGGCAGUCAGGGGUACAGAAGGAAUAUUUAUGCAAAAUGGACCUCCACUAUGUUCUGAAAACACUUCCUUCCAGAGAGAUAAGCAAGUAUGCACUUGUUUCACCUUUAGCAGAGAUGGGUCUCUAUUUUCUUGGGGCACUACUGAGAAAUUACAUGCUUUUAAAGUAGCAGAUGGGAGAAUGCUAUGGUCGAUAGAUGUGCCAAAGGUAACUGCUGUAGAAUUUUCUCCUAAAGGCACAAUCCUCGCAACAUGGAAUUUGUAUUCAAAAUCAAAAGAAACUGCACAAGGAGAUCAAAACCUUCACUUGUGGAAUGUUCAGACAGGAGCUUGUGUUAAGUCUUUUUAUCAAAAGAAUCGUGAAAACUGGUGUCCUGUUUGGUCAGAUGAUGAAAGCAUUAGUGUUAGAAAUGUAAAUAAUGAAUUACACUUCUUUGAGAAUAACCAGUUUGAUACUAUUGCAAAUAAGCUUCAUUUGCAGAAAGUUUCAGGGUUUGUCCUUUCUCCUGGAUCACAACCAAGCAAAGUGGCAGUCUAUGUGCCAGGGAGCAAAGGUGGCCCUUCCUUUGUUCGAUUGUACCAGUAUCCAAAUUUUGGGGGGCCAACAACUGCUUUAGCUAAUAAAAGCUUCUUUAAAGCAGACAGUGUGGAGAUGCUAUGGAACAAGAAGGGUACUGCGGUAUUGAUCACUGCAAGUACAGAAGUUGACAAAACAGGUGCUUCAUAUUAUGGAGAGCAAACUCUACAUUAUGUUGCUACUAAUGGUGAAAGUGCAGUUGUACAGCUUGCAAAGAAUGGUCCGAUUUACAGUGUUGAAUGGAAUCCCAGCUCUGAUGAAUUCUGCGUUGUAUAUGGAUUCAUGCCAGCUAAAGCAACAGUGUUUAAUAUAAAGUGUGAACCAGUGUUUGAUUUUGGAACUGGGCCCAGGAAUGCUGUCUAUUAUAGCCCUCAGGGACACAUUCUGGUUUUGGCUGGUUUUGGUAACCUAAGAGGACAUAUGGAAGUAUGGGAUACUAAAAAAUACAAAAUGAUAUCUAAACCCCAGGCUGCUGACUCAACACACUUUUACUGGUGUCCAGAUGGUGAACAUAUAGUAACUGCAACAUGCUCACCACGUUUGAAAGUUGGGAAUGGCUACAAAAUUUGGCAUUACACUGGUGCUGUACUUUAUAAAUAUGAUUCCCCUCAGAAUGGAGAAUUAUGGCGAGUCUUAUGGCAACCUUUCUUACAAGGGGUGUUUAAGGAGAAACCAAUUAAAUAUCAGGCUGUACAAAGUGAUAUUUGCAGUACAGAGACCAAGCCAGCUCAGGCGUAUAGGCCUCCUGCACUCAGGAAUAAACCUUCCUCAUUUUCCAAACUGCAUGAAGAUGAACCCCCUCAGAAUAUGAAACCACAUGUAGAAUGCGACAAACAACUUUCAAAGUCAGCUCUUAAAAAUCAAAAGAAACGUGAAGCAAAAAAAGCUGCCAGACAGGAGGCAAAGUUGGAUGAAGGUCAAGAUAAACACUUUGCAGAAGAGCCGAAACAAAUUCAAACAGUUUUAUCUGCACCAUCAAGUUCAGGUGAUCCUGAACUUGAUAAAAAGAUAAAAAAUGUGAAAAAGAAAAUAAAAGCCAUAGAACAGUUGAAGGAGCAACAAGCAGCUGGGAAACAGUUGGAGAAAAACCAGAUUGAGAAGAUACAGAAGGAGGCAUUGUUAUUAAAAGAGCUGGAAGAUUUAGAAUUAGGUUUGUAGGUUAGCUCAAACAGAAUGAUUUGAUAUUGUUAAUGAAAUACAAGAAUAAAAUGGCAGACCGGAGAUAUUCCUUACCUAACAAUUCAUUCAUCUGCAUUUUUGGACAACCAUUGAACUUGUAUUUUUAUUAUUUAUGUUUGAGCUAUUGAUAAAUGCUGUAUUGUACAAAAAAUGCAGUGUACCAAAAGCAUGAUUACUGCAAUUGCAGUGAAAUUAUUUCAGUAGGCUUGGGCUAUGAAUGCUUUUUUGUAAAACUCUCAAUGCACAUUAUUUUGUGAAUCUUGUCUAGUUUUAAUGUCCAAAAUAAACCUCAUGUAUUCUGUUGUA